GAAUUUUUAACCGUUUAUCGUCAUCCUGUUUUGGGUGUGUUCCAUUGGAUGUAAACAUGUUUUGAGUUUUGUAAUUUACGCGAUCAAUUAUUUGAAAUCGCUAAUUCAGUUAUAAUUAAUUAGACUUAAGAUGUAUGGAAUUAUUAAUUAUGUUUGAUAACGUAGAUAUUUAUUGAAAAUGGAGAAAUUAGUAUUAUUUAGUUUUAUUCUGUUUCAUAUUCUUCAAAUAAAAGCAUACGAUGAUUGCAAUGAACCACUCUUAGAAAAGUCCAAAAUUUAUUCAUCGACUUCUAUGUCAAGUGAUCGUGGACCAGAUAAAGGAAGAUUAAAUGGAAACGGUGCAUGGACUGCUAAGUCUGCUGAUUUUAGCCAGUAUCUUAUAAUUGACUUGCGUGAUAAACGCAACAUUACAGCGAUUGCUACUCAGGGCCGACCUUAUACCUCAGAGUUUGUGCAAGAAUACAGAAUUGAAUAUGGCAAUAAGUAUCUGGAUUACUCAGAAUAUAAAGAUCGGGAGGGCCAUACUAGGCUGUUUACUGGGAAUGUAGAUGGCGAUACAAUUAAAUUGAAUAAGUUUGACAUGCCAAUAAUUGCCCAGUGGAUAAGAAUUAAUCCUACAAGAUGGAGAGACAGAAUUUCUAUGCGAGUUGAACUUUAUGGCUGCGACUAUGUUAGUGAAUCAGUAAACUUUGAUGGAAAAAGUUAUUUCACCAAAGAGCUUUAUUAUCCUAUUGCCAGUGAAUCAGAAAUGAUGCGCUUCCGAUUUCGUACAAAUCAUGCAGAUGGACUUAUCUUGUACAGUAGAGGAAGCCAAGGUGAUUUCGUUGCGCUUCAACUACUUCACAAUAAGCUUCUUUUGAAUAUUGAUUUAGGAGGAGAAGGCUUAAUCACUAGUGUCUCAGUUGGCAGCUUAUUAGAUGAUAACAUGUGGCAUGAUGUUUCCAUCAUGCGUUCAAAUCGUGAUAUUACAUUUACUGUCGACAGAGUUGUAGUUCCAGCCAAAAUUAGAGGCGAUUUCUUACAGUUGAACAUAAAAAGAGAAAUUAAUGUUGGAGGUAUUUCUAACUUCAAUAAUGAUGGAAUAAUGGUUCAUGAUAAUUUUACUGGAUGUAUAGAGAACUUAUUUUUUAACAAUACCAAUUUUAUAUCUGAAUUAAAAGAGAAAAAAAGAGACUAUCAGCAGUAUGGAGACUUAACUUAUACAUGUCUGUAUGAGCAAGUAAUUCCUGUUACAUUCCUAACAUCUGAGGCCCACUUAAAGCUGUCUGGGUAUAAGCAGUCCAUAAUGAAUUGCUCAUUUGACUUUCGCACAUUUACGGAUGAUGGAUUGCUGCUGUAUAAUAAAUUUUCUCAAGAAGGAUUUGUUAAGGUUUUCCUUGACAAAGGUAAAAUUAAGAUAGAAUUACAGAGCGAAAAUACACCUAAAGUUGUAACAGAAGCCUCUGAGAGAUUUUUAAGUGAUGGAUUGUGGCAUAGAGUUAUGCUUAUUCUACAAACCAACAGAAUAGAAUUACAUGUAGAUGAUAAACCAAGUGUAACAACUAGGCAGUUUUCAAUGCUCACUGGCGAUGAAUAUUUUAUAGGAGGUGGUGUUUAUGGGAAUCGUGGCUUUAUCGGUUGUAUGAGAUACAUCCAUAUUGAAGGUCAUUAUAUACGAGUUACGUCUUUACCUAGUCACCGUUAUUCAGCUGAAGGAGUUGUUUUUGAUGCUUGUCAAAUGACUGAUCGUUGUAAUCCGAAUCCAUGUGAGCAUGGCGGCAUCUGCCAUCAAAAUUCUGAAGAGUUCAAGUGUGCUUGUGAAAAUACAGGAUAUUCUGGAGCUGUCUGUCACAUUCCUAUUCAUUCACUUUCAUGCGAAGCUUAUAAACUUACACAUCCAAAGACCAGGGACCUGAGUAUAAACAUUGAUAUUGAUGGUAGUGGACCCUUGGGUUCGUUCCCUGUAACAUGUGAAUUCCCUUUUGAAGGUCCAGCUGUCACAAUAUUGCAUCAUAAGAAUGAAAGACCAACCGAUGUAAAGGGAUUUAAUAAACCUGGCAGCUAUAUUCAGAAUAUAAUUUAUAAUGCUGAAAUGGAACAGAUUGUUCAACUUGUUAAUCGAUCUUACAACUGUCACCAAAAGUUACGUUAUGAAUGCUACAAAACUCGUCUUUUUAGCUCGCCAGCUGAACCAGCUCCUUUUGAACCUUUUUCUUGGUGGGUUAGUCGCAAUAACCGUCAAAUGGAUUAUUGGGGUGGCUCUUUACCAGGAUCAAGAAAAUGUAACUGCGGCUUAUAUGGUACGUGCAAGGAUCCAACUAAGUGGUGUAACUGUGAUUCUGACAAUCUUGAAAGAGAUAAAUGGUUGGUUGAUGAAGGUGAUUUGACUCAAAAAGAAUUUUUGCCUGUUAGGCAAUUACGAUUUGGUGACACAGGAACUACUAUGGAUGACAAGAAAGGGCGAUAUUCUUUGGGGCCUCUAAAAUGUGAAGGCGACAAUCUAUUUGACAACACUGUCACAUUUUAUUAUGAAGAUGCCACAAUAGAUCUUCCCACUUUUGAUAUGGGGCACUCCGGAGAUAUAUAUUUUCAAUUCAAAACAACUGCUCAGAAUGGUGUGUUAGUUAGUAGUAGAGGACCAACGGAUUAUAUAAAAAUAAUGCUAAUAGAGGGAGACCAAAUUCAGUUUCAGUAUCAAGGUGGAAAUGGCCCACUUGGUGUGAGUGCUGAAACUUCAUACAAAUUGAAUGACAAUAAUUGGCAUUCGGUCUUGGUUGAGCGUAAUAGAAAAGAGGCGCGUGUUGUUAUAGAUGGCAGUUUGAGUGCUGAAGUAAAAGAAAGAUCAGGACCAGUUCGUGCUUUGUAUCUCACUAGCAAGCUUGUUAUUGGUGCCACUGUAGACUACAGGGAGGGUUUCGUUGGUUGCUUACGAGCCUUAAUGUUGAAUGGCAUUAUUGUUGAUCUGCAGCGCAUGGCAUCCGAUUAUAGUUAUGGCAUUGGUAAUGGAUGUUUUGGUAAAUGCCAAAGUAGCCCUUGUCUGAACAACGGAACAUGCAUUGAAGGCUAUUCAAGCUAUAUUUGUGAUUGCCAGUGGACUGGAUUCAAAGGACCUAUCUGUGCUGAUGAAAUUGGUGUCAAUUUACGCUCAGAUUACUAUAUCCGAUACAAUUUUGACAAUAGGAUUUCCACCUUGGAAGAAUAUAUACGUGUUGGUUUCACCACAACUGAUAAAACAGGAAUGAUUGUUGGUGUUUCCUCGUUUAGUGGAGAAUAUCUUAAUUUGAUGAUGUCAACAAGUGGCCAUUUGCGAUUAGUAUUCGAUUUUGGAUUUGAAAGGCAGGAAAUCAUUAUAAAAAAUGAGAACUUUGCUUUAGGACAGCAUCAUGACAUAAGACUUCUAAGAGGAGAUAAAGGAGCUAAAAUAACAAUCUAUGUGGAUAAUUAUGAACCGAUUGUUCACACUUUUAAAAUUGAUGAAAAGGCUGAUGCUCAGUUCAAUAGUCUAAAAAGUAUUUAUGUAGGGCGGAAUGAGUCCAUGGGUACUGGUGAAGGAUUUGUGGGUUGUAUCUCAAGAGUUCAGUUUGAUGAUCAUUUUCCUUUAAGGAGACUUUUCCAAGAGAGUCGCAGAGCAAAUGUUUGGUCAGUUCCUGUUGAUAUUAGAGAGGAUGACUGUGGCAUUGAACCUGUUACUCAUCCACCUGAAUAUAGAGCCACUCGACCACCACCCACUUUGCCUCCGGGAGUUCGCAUCGAAGCUCAUAGAUCUGGUGAAGAUGAUUCUGCUAUACUUGGAGGUGUAUUGGCAUUAAUUUUCAUUGCUCUGAUAUUGAUGGCAGUCUUAAUUGGACGCUACAUGUCUCGUCACAAAGGUGAAUACAAGACGCAUGAAGACACAGGGGCUAAAGAUGCUCCUGAUGCUGAUACAGCAGUAAGACUGGGAAAAACAGGUCACGGAGUACCCAAAAAAGAAGAAUGGUUUAUAUGAUGAAAAUAAAAGUAUUUAUGAUGUUAAAGAAUGCAGUACAAACUCUCGUUAAAAACUGUUGUUUUCGUGCCCUUUGUGGGGGGUGCAUUGUUGCCUUGCUCAACAAAUUUUAUUUUGACUAUUUCAUUUGAAAGAGAACAUUUACUAUAGACUAUUGCUUCAUAUCUUGAAUUGAAAAAAUGUGUCUCUGGCCAAUGCUUCUGGGCUAACGCUUUUUGGACAACAAUUCAAGGCUUCAUUGUUAAAUAUGAUAGAAUAUUGUGUUCAAAUCAUAUCGAGUAUAGGUUAUACAUUUUAUUGAAAUGAUCUGAGCUUUUUUGUAAGUUUUAUUUCCACUUCACUAUAAAGUAUAUAAAUUUACUGUGACUUUAAAUUGCAUUAGUAAUUUGCUUUUUUUUUUAAAUGCAAUAUUUUAAUAUAAAUAAUUCAUUGCAAUAUUUUUCUUAUUUUUGAACUAAAUUUGUGUUUCUAACCUUUAAUGUAUAAGUUUUUUUCUUUCAUUAACAUCAUUUAAAUCAAAUACAGGAAUAAUUUGUGAUUUGAAAAUGUCCAUAUUUUUACUAAUCAGAAAUGUAGAACAGUGAUAUGUGCCAUCUAAAAUUUGGUUUUUGCCAUAAAAUAUUUGAUUAUAUGGUGUAAAUAAAGUAUAGAUAAAUGACACAAAGGAUAUAGAUCUGAAUUAUACAAAAGAAUAGCUGAGUAAUAAGAAAAGUAUUGAUAUGACUAGAGUGUUUUGACUCAAAUGAUUAUUGAAACUGUUGGAGUUAAAAGUAAAUUUUGUUAAAUACUUUUUGAUUUCAUUUGAAGUCUAAGUUUUUUCCAAUUUAUUAUUUUUUUUAAAAAUUUAUUUUAUUGAAAAUUGUGAUUUAGUCAACUAAAGUACUUGAUGAAAAUUUAUAUAUUGAGAAAAAAGUAAGAUGAGAAUAGAAAAAGAUUUUUAAUAAUUAUCAACAAUCAUGAAUUUGAAUGAAAAUUUAAUUCUAAAAUUUUCCGGUGAUUUUAUGUUUUCCUAGAGCAAUAUAUUUUUUUAUUUUUGCAUUUAUAUGAAACAUUUGAUUGUCAAUCAUAUUUAAACAUAUCAUUAUAUGCAUGAAUUUAAAAAAGCAUUUGAGGUUAGAGUUUAGAUGAAUGGGAAUAAUAAAUCUUCAUUACUUCCAAUCUUGCCACUGUUUACACAUGUUAAUACACUGUUUGUAAUUACUUUUUCUAACUCUUAGCAAAUUUUCAUAUUACAAUUACUUUUGAAUGCUAGAUAAUUUUUAAUGCAAUUAUUUAUAUGUUCCUUAUAAUUAUUCCAUUUAAAGUUUUGAACUUUUAUCAGAUAACUACAAAUGUGAUUUUCAGUUUAUUCAUUCUAUGUUUUUUCAUUAAAUUUAAUAUUAAAAUGUCGUAUAUACUCCUAAUUGAUUGAUCUGAUUUUUUUUGCACAUGUAAUUGAAGAUCAUGUUAUUUUUAUGCAUGUAUUUUAUGUUGAGUUUUUUUAUUUAUGUUUUGUAUUAUACACUAAAUUGGGUGUAGUUGGUUCAGUAUCAUAUACAGAUUAAUGUUUUAUUUAAAUUGUGAAGUUUUGAUUUUCAUAUUCAACGUCCAUUUUUCUAUAUGUUUAGUUUUUUAAAUUUUUGCCUUUACUUUUUUUUUUUUGGAAGGAUUAUUUGGGUUAAUUUAUUGUGAUAUUUUGGUGAGUUUUUUCCUUGAAAUACUUUAUUUCUAAUUUUUUAUUAUAAGCUAAUAUUUAUUUUUUUCUAAAUUAUGAUAUAUGUUUUUUAUUGAUUUUUCAUCAUUUAAAAAAAUGCAUUUAUUCUUUCUAGAUCUGGUGCUUUUGUAUAUUCUAAUUUGUUAUUGUUAUUAUGUAAUUAACAGCUUUCUGUAAAAAUGUUUUGCCUAAAACCCUUUUUUUUCAAAGAAGGCCCCUCACACUGCAUUAUGAAACACAAAUGCAAAAAAUAGUUUCAAAUUUGAUUUAAACUUCAAUUCUUUUUUAAAAAUUUAAUUUUGUAAUAUCUUUAGAAUGAAUUGAAACAUGAAAUUGCUGCUUAAUCCAGUAGGAAUUUUUUUCAAGAUUUUUCUUAUGAAAAAUAUACAACAACUAUGUAAUUAGAUAUUUUUUUUAAAGCUUAAUGUUUAUUUCGCAUUACAUUAUUAUGAAUUUUUUUUUGUAUAAUGUAAUAUAAACUAAGUCUCAACUUUUACUUUAAUAUUUUGCUGGAAACAAGGGGAAAAAAAUUUGCAGCUGAAAACAAAGAGAAAAAAAUUUGCAGCUAUACAAAAUUAUGCCAUUAGUUUCCCUCCCCCCCCUUUUGUAUAAAUUUCUUUUCAGCUAUGUUUUUACAAAAGAUAAUUUCAAGCAAUUUUAAAAAUCAUAUUUUUUUCUUAAAAAAUUAUUUUUGCACUAGAAAUAGAAAACAAAAUUUUAAUUGAGAAUUCAAAAUGCAUUGGCUGAAGGACCUUAAACAAUUUCUUUAAAGUUUGUGUGUAUUCAUUAAAUCAAAAUAUGUGUUUAUUAAUUUAUCUUGUAUGCUUUUUUUCCUUCUUGUGCUGAGACUAUAAUCUUAGUCAAUUUUAUUGUUUGUAUUUAUUAUGUUAAUUAGCAACUAAUGAUUUAAUUUCUGCCCUUGUUAGCCUUACCAUUUAUACAAAAAGAAUUUACAUUGAGGUUUACAUUGUUUAAUUCUUUUAAUCCAUUGUGAUACUUACUUGUAUCAUUAAUAUGUUUGAAAUCAAUAAUGGGAAUAUUAAAUUUUGUGUUCAUUCAUAUAUAUCACCAUGACAAUGUUUACUAGUCCUUUGUUUAAUUUUAUAAAUGGAUAAAUAAUGUUUUUGGUUUUAUAUCAUCUACAAAAUUAUGUACAAUAAAAUGCAUUCCAUUUUAAUAUUUUUUUAAAUAAACAUAAUUAGUUUUAACAUGUUUUGGCAUUUUAAUGAUUUAUGCAUUGUAUGAUAAAUAUCAGGGCUUAUUUAUUGUUCCUGCUAUGUCCUUUACUUUACAGAUUUUAUAUCUUUUAUACAAAAUAAAAUUAUCAUUCAAUAAAAA